GGAGCGCACCUUUCCAGUCGUGGAAGCAGUCGCGGAUUGUUGGAGCCUUGGGUCUGGGUCGGUUCUUUCCCCGCGGGCGCUUCGGCUGCACAGUUUUAUCCAAGCCUCGAUUCUUAGAGACCAGAGAGCGAGGAAGUGGAACAGAGAGAGAAACAUCAAUCAUUUGCUCCCCAUAUACACACCAACUGGAUUGAACCUGAAACCGAGUGUCUUUCAGAAUUUGCCGACUUUUCUGUUAUAACUAGUUCCAAUGGCUGGGAAUAAAGGAAGAGGACGUGCUGCUUAUACCUUCAAUAUUGAGGCAGUUGGAUUUAGCAGAGGUGAAAAGUUACCUGAAGUAGUAUUGAAACCACCCCCACUAUUCCCUGAUACAGAUUAUAAACCAGUGCCACUGAAAACAGGAGAGGGUGAAGAUUAUAUGCUGGCCUUGAAACAGGAGUUGAGAGAAACUGUGAAAAGAAUGCCUUACUUUAUAGAAACACCCGAAGAAAAAGAAGAUAUUGAAAGGUAUAGUAAAAGAUAUAUGAAGGUGUACAAGGAGGAGUGGAUACCAGAUUGGAGGAGACUCCCAAGAGAGAUGAUGCCAAGGAAAAAAUACAAAAAAGGUUCAAAAUCCAAAAAGGUGGACAAUACCAGCAAAGAUACUUCACUCACUAAUACUGCGGAUGUAUUGAAAAAAAUUGAGGAAUUGGAAAAGAGAGGUGAUGGUGAAAAAUCAGAUGAGGAAAAUGAAGAGAAAGAAGGAAGCAAAGAGAAAAAUAAAGAAGGCGAUGAUGAUGAGGAAGGUGAUGCUGCAGAACAAGAGGAAUACGAUGAAGAAGAGCAAGAAGAGGAAAAUGACUACAUUAAUUCCUACUUUGACAAUGGAGAAGAUUUUGGCGCAGACAGUGAUGACAAUAUGGAUGAAGCAACCUAUUAA